CCGCUUGCCACCGCCCGCCAGUGUCGCCACCGUCGUCCAUUUCCUUUAGCAGCAUGAUAGAACGGUGGCGUUUUGCGGUCUCUUCUGCCACCGUCUUGCUAAUUUAAAUUAUGUCAAAACUACACAAAACAGCGAUAGGCCCCAAGUUCCCCGAUUUCUCCUCUGCAAAAACCCCUCUGAAACCGCACAUAGCCCCUCCGCCACCACCGACAGCGGCGGAGGUGGACGUUACCUCCAUAACCAACCUCGUUCUCAAGACAAACCCAGAAAUUUUGACUCAAAAUUUACCCACCCUUGUGCAAUGGACCCCUGAGCUUGUCCACACGAUUCUCAAACGCCUGUGGAACCAUGGCCCGAAAGCUCUCCAGUUCUUCAAAGCCCUCGACCCCCAUCUCUCUUACACCCACUCCGCCACCGCAUUCGACUACGCCAUCGACAUUGCUGCCAGAAUGCGGGAUUACAAGACCCUAUGGGCCCUUGUGGCUCAAAUGCGGACUAUAAAGCUCGGUCCUGGCCCGAAAACCUUCGCCAUCAUCCUCGAAAGGUAUGUGGCUUCUGGCAAAGCUGAUAAGGCGGUUGACCUUUUCUUGUCAAUGCAUAAACAUGGUUGUCCUCAGGAUUUGACUUCGUUCAAUUCUUUUCUUGAUGUGCUCUGUAAGGCGAAGCAGGCUGAAAUAGCCUAUAAUCUGUUUAAGGUGUUUAGGAGGAAGUUUAGAGUUGAUAUGAUUAGUUAUAACAUUCUCGCUAAUGGGUAUUGUAUAAUGAAGCGAACGCCAAAGGCAUUGGAAAUUUUGAAGGAAAUGGUAGAGAGAGGAUUGGAGCCAAAUGUGAUGACUUAUAAUAUAAUUCUUAAAGGUUUCUUUAGAGCAGGGCAAACGAAGGAAGCUUGGGAGUUUUUCUUGCAAAUGAAGAGGAGAAAAUGUGAGAUUGAUGUGGUGACUUAUACUACUAUGGUUCACGGUUUUGGUGUUGCAGGUGAGGUUGAGAGGUCCCGUAAGCUGUUUGAUGAGAUGGUUGGAGCUGGAGUGCUUCCCUCAGUAGCAACUUACAAUGCUCUGAUUCAAGUUUUAUGUAAGAAAGACAAUGUGGAAAAUGCAAUUUUGGUGUUUGAUGAGAUGUUGCGGAAGGGCUAUUUACCUAAUGUCACUACUUAUAAUGUGCUCAUUAGAGGUUUGUGUCAUGUCGGUAAAAUGGACAGGGCAGUUGAGUAUAUGGACAAGAUGAAAGAAGAUGAGUGUGAGCCUAAUGUUCAGACAUACAAUCUUGUAAUUCGAUAUUAUUGUGAUGAUGGAGAAUUUGCGAAGGCCUUCGAAUUGUUUGAGAAAAUGGGUAGUGGGCAUUGCUUACCUAACUUAGAUACUUAUAACAUCUUGAUCAGUGCAAUGUUUGUCAGAAAGAAAUCCGAUGAUUUGGUGGUGGCAGGAAAGUUGUUGAUAGAAAUGAUUGACAGAGGAUUUCUGCCUCGAAGGUUUACUUUCAACCGCAUUCUGAAUGGGCUUUUGCUUACGGGUAAUCAAGAAUUUGCUAGAGAGAUUUUGCGACUGCAAAGCGGAUCUGGCCGGCUUCCUCGUCAUUUGAGACUAUGAUUGUGUUGCAUUACCUCAGGCAAAGAGAGGAAGUAUUCAGUAAAUGAUGGAAUUGUGCCGGCGAAAGGAAGGGCAAGGUGGAACUUUUGCAAACCUUUUGAUGAUUGUUUCUGCUUUAGUCAAUAAAGAACUUAAAGAAAGAAGAAGAUAUAGAUCAUGUUAAUAUCCUCUUGGAGAUAAUGAUCCAGUGAAGGAUGGAGUUACAGACGGUAAAAUGCCAAGUUUAUACGCAGGCUGCAGAAAACUAAUGGUCUAAAGCCUACAGGAAGCGCUUGAUCAUAGACCACAGUGGUGUACCUGGGCAUUUUGCUACAUUUUCAAUGUUAGCAAUAUUCUUAUAGAAGUAGUUAAUACAGGGGUUAUUCCAUCUUAUUACUGUCUCAGUUAAGAAAUCAACAGUUGCUUUAUCAUCCAUAUCAGAAGUUGUACGUGGUAUUGUAUAUGUCGUUUAUUCUAUCUAUGAAGUACUUGAGUUGGUGUUUGUCACUGGACUAAGUUGUGAAAUUCUUGGUACAUGUCAGCUUUUAGCUGAGGAGUUGAAGAUGGAAGUGAAAAUAUGGCUUUCCAGAUUGCCACCAUAUUGCUCAGCUUUGCUUAGAGGCUGUUUUAAGUGUGAUGCUUCAAGUAUCUUGAGCUCAAGAAAGUUGAUUUCAGUACCUGGUGGAUUGCAAAGUCAAUUGCAAGAGAGAAUGCAUAUACACUUGCUUGCUACAGUGAGGUUCGAAGUAGUCAAACAAAGAGAAUAAACAGCAGGUGAUAAGAACAAUAAUGUCCAGUGAUUCAUGCAGGGGCCUGGUGCAGUUGUUGAAGGUGAUGCUACGAGGUCCCCUCUGGUGUCUGAAACCUGCUGGGCAUAAUUCAAGUUGAAUUGGCCUGUUGGAUUUUGCUUCAGGGGUUGUAGUGAUCUACGUUUAGUGAUCAUCUUGCAUUCUUAAACUGCAUGCUCCUGUAUUUCUCAUAACUGAACCACAGAUGAAGGGUGUACUAGAGAUCGUCAACAUGAUCCUAUAGUAAGUGAAACCGUGAACAACAUAGUGCAGA